UGUAGCGGAAUAAAAAUUACACCGUUGACAGUUUAUCCGCCGUUUGUGAUUACAUUGCAACGGACGGAUUAUCGCGAACUGUUUAUAAUGUCAUCAUCGAGAACACGAAAAAGGAAGUUAGCUGCUAUAGUUUUGGGAAUACAGUGUUUGGAAGCUAUGGAAGAUGGUGAACCACAUUCUAAAUGCCGAAGAAUAUGGAUUUCGGAUUUUAUUCGCAAACGGGAUACUGACGGCUUCCAUGUUAAGCUCAUAACGGAAUUAUCUAGUGGCGAUCCAAACAAGUUCCGUGAGUUUUUACGUAUGAAUGCAGAUAACUACGAAGAGCUGCUGAAGCUUGUGUCAUCUCGUAUAUCUAAAAUGGAUACAUCGUUUCGCAAAAGCAUUUCGGCCACACAACGUCUUGCAGUUAUCUUGCGGUUCUUGGCAACGGGAGAAUCAUUUCGGUCACUUGCAUUUAGAAUUCCACAGUGCACUAUCUCUUCAAUAGUUCUUGAGUGUUUAGAUGCAAUUUACAAUGCCUUAGCUCCGCUAUAUCUGAAGAUGCCGUCGAAUGAAAGUGAAUGGAAAUCAAUUGCUGAAAAAUUCAACGAUCGUUGGCAUUUUCCAAAUUGUCUCGGUGCGAUGGAUGGUAAACAUAUUAUUAUGGUUGCUCCUCCUAACUCGGGAAGUGUCUACUAUAAUUAUAAAGGUACACACAGUAUCGUACUGCUUGCAAUAGCAGAUGCUGAAUACAGAUUCAUUUAUGUGGACGUUGGCUGUAAUGGACGAGUAUCGCAUGGUGGCGUAUACAAUAAAUGUAGUUUUGCUAAUGCGAUGGAGAAGAACAAAUUACACAUCCCGCAACCAGUACCACUGCCACAGCGUACUACACCAGUACCAUAUGUUCUUGUAGCAGACGAUGCAUUUGCGCUCCGUCCCAACAUAAUGAAACCGUACAGCGGCCGUGGUUUAACCAGUGCUCAACGUGUGUUCAAUUUUCGAUUGUCACACACGCGGCGAAUAAUAAUAAUAAUAAUAGUCACUGAGGGGUAGUCAUAUUCGUGAUACAGUUUUGGUAUUGAAGUGUCUCGUCGUGUCGUUGGUAUUACUGUCCGAUGGUGAACAACGCAGAACGGUAAACAGGGUAUUGAUAACUACAAUCAGGACGCUUUUGGAUGAAGAACAUCAAACUUGGCACGAAAACCUGGCAUCGAUGGAGUGAGUCCGCACUUUGCCAGCUUCGAUCGUGAGCAAAUUCUGGAUACGGAUCUCUACAAACAGCAGGAUCUCAACAGGCCGCAGAAUCUGCGUUCAUCGAAAUUGGAGUGGAUCAAGGAGUUCGUCUUGCGACGGAUCAAAAACUCGCACGAAAAAUCGAAAAAACGGUACGACAUGCGCACAAGAUCAGUCUCAUUCAGCGUCGGGGAUCCGAUCUGGCAAAGGUCAUUCAGACUAGCAUCAAAAGUGGAUCACAUUAACCAGAAACCGAACCGAAAUCCUGCUAGCGAUGAUCUGGAAAGUUCAGGGUACCAAUCUAUAUGAACUGGAGGAUGUUCCAUCCGGGAAAGUAAGAAGGUACCAUGCGAAGGACCUAAAGGCCAAUUAGAAGUAAUUUCUUCAGCUAUGUCGGCAGGUUCCAACCUGCUAUGAUGCAGUAUAGCAGAGAAAAUCAGGACAACAGUGGUACUGAAGCAGACCGUGGCGAAAGGAAAGUAAUGGACAAGCACUGCACAUAGUGGCGAUUCCGAUCAUGACGAAGCAAGCACGGAAAUCAUUCUAGUAAUCGGACAAGAGAAAAAUCGAAGCACGAGAGUGGUCCAGCUAUGUCGACAGGUUUCAUCCUACCAACCAAGAGCUCAAGCUCCCAAAAUAGCAAUUGCCAAUUUGACAAAAAUCGUGUCAAUGUCGAGGUGUGGUGAGCAACAACUUGAUAAACUACCUCCCCACCAGCGGUUAGGCCAGCCACGCAGCAGCCGGAGGUAACAGCAAAGCAGAACCGACUAAGGCUUGCCGUAUUCGGAACGUGAGCAAGUAACUCUCGACCGCGCGAGCGGAAUAGCGACGAAGCAGAAAAUUGUAGAGCAGAGAUUAAGCUUUCGGAGAGAGCUUCGGGCAAACCUUGAGCCGUUGCACAGAAGCGCAGGUCGACGAAGACGGAUCCCUCUGGGCUCCCCACACACGACGAAGGCUACUCUCAGAGACAAGCCGCAUCGAGCCAAGUUGAAGAAGUCAAACGUGUCAUCCGUUUUCGGGGCAUGAGGAGCUGACAAGCAAGCGGAACCGCGCGUGUUCGUCACGAUUUGGUUGAAAUCUUACCUUGCGGGCUGGAAGCAGGUUGCAGCUCACUUACGAUCUGCAGAAAAGGCAACAGGAGCGAGUCAGGUGUGAAGAAGCAAAGCUGAGCCGUCCAGGCCUGUCAACUGGAGCGGGAAAGACGUCAACGCGCAGGACAAAAGCUUACCGUAUCGAGACAAAACGGAAAAGCGUCAGAAAGCAGACUAGACAGAUCGGCCAAAGCGCGGACAAUGUGCAUCCCGAACAAGAGAUAUCUAGUGCUGUGAGCAGCGCCAGUUCCCAAUGCGUAAACAUAAAACCACGAAAUGAAACGCGAGGAAGUCACGGCGGUAAAUCUGCACAAAUAUCUUCCUUUCCUAUUGCGCUUUGCUGUGGUUUUCAUGUUUGAGUCAGCUAGCCUUUUCUAGUUUUGCCAGUGUGUGCUGGACACAAAGAUAUAGUCCCGGGGAGUAAACAGGUUCCGUGCAAGAGUAGUCGUUUUAGUGGUUCGGGUGGCUGCCCAAACCCAUUCCCUCAGUUGUUUCAGAGUGUGUAAUGUUUUGUCAUCUAGUUUGUCCUAUUCUAUGGAAAAUCAUCCUACCAUCGUGUUGGAGUCUACGUCAUAGUGGAAAAUUUCGCAUUGAAUCCGCUUCUGUCUCUUCCUAA